AUGGGUGUUUUCACAUACGAAUCUGAGAUUGUUACUGCAAUCCCACCAGCCAAGAUGUUUAAGGCUUGCAUCCUUGACGGGGACACUCUCAUUCCCAAGAUUGUUCCUCAGGUUUUUAAGAGUGUUGAGUACUUGGAAGGUAAUGGUGAGCCUGGGAGUAUCAGGAAGGUCACCUUUGCACAAGGAAACCAAUUCAAUUACAUGAAACAGAAGGUAGAAGCAUUAGACACAGAAAAAUUUGAGUACAUUUACAGUGUGAUUGAAGGCGAUCCGCUGAUGAACAUGCUCGACAAAAUAACUUAUGAAAUAAAGUUAGAAGACUCUCCAGGUGGGGGAUCCAUAUGUAAGACUAGUAGUAAGUAUUACACCAUUGGUGACAUUGAGCUCAAGGAAGAGGCAAUCAAGGCAGGCAAAGAAAAGGCUUUGGGUGUAUUGUUCAAGUCCAUCGAAGCCUACCUCGUCGCAAAUACUAACGCCUAUUGA